AUCAUUAUUUUUUUCUGUUUAAAUUGUUAUAUGUAUGUGUAAAAAUUAAUAAAAAAGAUUCACCUCGUUAUUGUGUGGAUAAAAAUUCUUUGUGAAUUUGUUUAAAAACUAACACGAGCACUAUAAAAAAUUUUCAGUCUUAUCCUUUUUUUUUUAACUAAAAUAGUGCCAACAAAAUCAUUAGUUAAUCUCAACAAUAACGCACGAAACGCAACGAUUCUGUCAGCGCAUGCGCGCGAGCUAUACAAAACUGUACCGGUGAAAAUGCCAACUUGGACUGAACUAAAAUCUUCAAGUUAACUGAAAUAUUGACUGAAGACGUCCGGCAGAUAGCAGAUAGAAGCGCACCAAAUACGCCACCAAAUGGAAUGGAAAUACAACAAAAUGGAAACAAACAAAAACAAUCAAAAGAUACAAGAAAGGGAGAAGUUGUAUCAAGAGUUACAGAUACAGCAAUUACAAUGGCAACAACAGGAAAUUCAGCUGCAAGAGCGGUCGCAACAACUACAACAAUUCCAACGUAUACGAUUGCCAGCUUUAUCAAAAAGCCGAAAACAACGAAUUAACCAAAAGAAACGAGACGACAAUAAAAAGUUGCCGACCGCAAUCGAUUGUGUACUCAAAGGCAUGGCCAGCGCAGGCGUUGCUGUUUUUUUGGGUGUUGUUGGUGUUGCCAUUAUAGCCGCUGACCUGUAACAGCAGCGCAGCGACAAUGAUGACACCAACAUUAACAACAGGCAUCAGAAGAGCUAUCGCCAGCAAAUCGGAAAAUAUGUGUCACAAAUUAGUCUUUGCUGCUGUUUGUAAACAAUAUGUGUAUAUAUUCGUGUAGACCCGGUGUUUAGUAUGUAUGUGUGUUAAAUAGUAAAGUUAUUUAACGGUAGUGUCCAGCUCGUCCCUUGUAGAAGUGUUAGCGAACUCUUGUUAGGGUAAAUACAUGUAACAUUUAGUCAUGUUGUUGGUGCACUCUAAAAAGCGAUUAAUGUGUUAUCAAUUUACAGCAGUGUGAAUAAAAUUAAUUGAUUAAAA